AUGCGUGUAAGCCGUCGCAAGAAGAAGUUUCAGAAACCAGGUUCCAUGGAUCUCUGCAUCACUAUUAAAGGAGUCUCGUUCCUCCUUCAAUCAGGGCUGGGAGUUCUGGGUAACCUGUCGGUGCUGAUGGCAUACGCUCAUAUUGCUUACGUUGAGUCAUAUCUGCAACCCGUGGACAAAAUCCUGGCUCACCUGGCUUUCAGCAAUCUAGUGCAACUGCUUACGCGUAGUGUGCCACAGACAGUAGUCAUCUUCGGCCUACGCAACCUGCUGGAUGAUCCAAGCUGCAAAAUGGUGGUCUACACACACCGCAUUCACCGUGCCCUCUCCAUUUGCCUGACCUGCAUGCUGAGUGUCGUUCAAGCACUCACCCUCACACCAUCAGCUGGACCGCACCUGACCAAACUAAAAUCUCGACUCUCACAGCUGGUGGUACCCACCUUUGUAGGUCUAUGGCUCCUCAACAUGACUGUAUGUAUCGCUGCGCCACUUUUCUCCAUUGCGCCUCGAAAUGGCACUGUGCCUCCCUUCACUCUUAACCUCGGAUUCUGCCACGUCAAAUUUCCUAACAACCUGUCAUACGUGGCAGUUGGUGCCGCCUUCUCAACAAGAGACUUCGCGUUUGUGGCCAUCAUGCUGGUGUCCAGCAGCUAUAUACUCAUCUUCCUGCACAAACACCGGAGGCAGGUCAGGUCCAUCCGACGCACUCAGCAAGGAACCUCCAUGGAAAUGCGAGCAGCUAAGAGUGUCAUCAUGCUGGUAGUGCUGUACAGCGUGUUCUUCGGCAUUGAUAAUGUGAUCUGGAUCUACAUGCUGACUGUGGCCCAGGUCCCUGCUACGGUGGUGGACAUGAGAGCAUUUUUCUCCGCGUGCUAUGCCACAUUCAGCCCUAUGCUUAUGAUAAGCACCAAUAAGAAGAUAAAGACGAGGAUGGUGUGUGCAGCUGGAGAACAGUCCGCUGAGGACUCAGAGAAACCAAAACGCUAA